UUCAAAUAUUAUACAUAUUGUACAUACCUUUGCAUGUACAUCUUAUUAUCUCAUAUAUGUUACAAUCUUUUCAGUGUUGGAUACCGAGACAACCAAUCAGCGACAAACGUCCGAACAAGAACAUUCUGAUGACUUUGAUCCUUAUACUUGCACUCUUUCUCCUGGAAUGAAAAUUGUGGCUAAGGAGGAGCUGCACGAGGAUGAUAACAUACGUCGACAAGCGCUAAAACAAUUUCGUGAAUGGAUAUCGAAGCAUCCGAGUAUAAAGAAAUGCCGCACAGAUUCACUUUUUCUUCUGCGAUUUUUACGUACGAAAAAGUUUUCGGUACCUGAUGCCUGUGAAAUGCUCGAACGUUACUUGACUAUACGGCAAUUAUUCCCUCAAUGGUUUUCGAAACUGGAUGUUACAGACCCUACUAUUAGCGAAAUUUUUGACAACGGUUACUUAGUUCCACUUCCAGAGAGGGAUGAUAAUGGAAGACAAAUAAUUCUAUCUAUCGCAAAAAAUUUUGACCCAUACAAAUAUACCUCAGUUCAAAUGGCGCGCGUACACUCAUUGAUCUGCGAAGGAUUGCUAGAUGACGAGCAAUCACAAGUGGCUGGUUAUGUAUACAUAAAUGAUGAGAGUGGAAUAAACAUGGGGUUUGCCAGUCUAAAG